GCUAGGGCGGUGUGGGGCUGUGUAAAGUGUGUGAGCCAUUUUGAGCUUAGUAGUCAGUUGUGUUGCAGCAGCCAGUGCGGGUGUGUGUGCGAGUGAAGUGCGCGGCCGGAGUGCUCUCUGUUCCCCAGUAUUGGCCUUAUUCCUCGUGACACCUUCUUCCCUAGACGUCUGGUUCCUAUUUAGAUGGCAAGCUUUCCCGAUUUUGUAAACGAUAAUGAAAUAGCAAGAUCACGGAGCAUUGGGGAACUUAUAUUACCAACGUCUCCAUUUGAGCAGAAGUAUGGCCGUGAAAAUUGGACAGUGGCAUUCGCACCAGACGGAUCUUAUUUUGCUUGGUCUCAGGGUCAUCGUAUUGUGAAACUGGUUCCUUGGUCUCAGUGCCUUAAAAACUUUGCUGCUGGCAGUGUGAAAACUAGUGUUAAUGGAAGACUUUCGCGGCAGAACAGUGAUGUAGCACAGAGCAACAAGCCUCAAGCCCAUUCCAUAGACUGCGGGGACAUUGUUUGGAGCCUGGCUUUUGGAUCCUCAGUCUCAGAAAAACAGAGCCGCUGUGUGAAUAUAGAAUGGCAUCGGUUCAAGUUUGGCCAGGAUCAGCUUCUCCUUGCUACAGGCCUGAGCAAUGGACGAAUCAAGAUAUGGGAUGUUUAUACAGGAAAGCUCCUCCUUAAUCUAAUGGAUCAUACUGAAAUUGUCAGAGAUUUGACCUUUGCCCCAGAUGGCAGCCUUAUACUUGUUUCUGCUUCCAGAGACAAAACUCUCAGGGUUUGGGACCUUAAAGAUGAUGGCAACAUGAUGAAAGUGUUAAGGGGACACCAGAAAUGGGUUUAUUGCUGUGCGUUCUCCCCGGACUCCUCCAUUUUGUGUUCCGUUGGAGCUGGGAAAGCUGUGUUUCUGUGGGACAUGGAUAAAUACACUAUGAUCCGUAAACUGGAGGGACACUACAAUGAUGUGGUAGCUUGUGAAUUUUCUCCUGAUGGGGCUUUGUUGGCUACUGCAUCCUAUGAUACCAGAGUAUAUGUCUGGGAUCCCCAUAUUGGGACUAUCCUUUUUGAGCUUGGGCACUUAUUCCCUACUCCAACUCCCAUAUUUGCUGGGGGAGACAGUGGUCAUUGGGUGAAAUCAGUCUCCUUUAGCCAUGAUGGAAUACACAUUGCAAGUCUUGCUGAUGAUAAGUUGGUGAGAUUUUGGCGGGUUGAUAACCCGUACCCUGUAGAAGUUGCACCUCUAAAUAAAGGUCUUUGCUGUGCCUUUUCUACUGAUGGCAGUGUUCUAGCUGCUGGAACUCAGGAUGGAAAUGUACACUUCUGGGCUACGCCCAAAUAUGUUUCCAGCCUUCAGCACUUAUGUCGUAUGGCAAUAAGAAGAGUAAUGACGACAAAUCAAGUCCAGAAGCUGCCAGUGCCUCCUAAAGUCAUGGAGUUUCUUUCUUACCAAAUCAUUUAGGAAACUUUUUCUACUAACCCUUUUUCAUUUGUUGACACAUUUGGCAAACACAAAAGCAUUACAAGCUUCAAGCUUUAAAAUGUUACAACUUAUUUAAAUAUUUUAAGUGCAGUAUUUAAACAUUUUGAUGCAUUUUUCAUUUAUGCUGAGCUUUAAAUGUGACUGAGUCUUCUACAUCCAGACAAGGUGAUAUUGGAAUGUAGAUAUAUAUACAACUUGUACAACUGUGAAACUGUAAAUACACGUGUAAGCUGCUAUGUUUGCUUUUCAUCUUUUACUGCUUUAUCUGGGCUUUCCCCCCCUUAUGUAGGACUUGUCUUUAGAAUAUCAUUUUAUGUGAUAAAUAAGAGUAUGAUAGGUAUUUGCAAAAUACUGUGCACUGGGGGGGGGGGGGUGUUCAAUCAGUGGUGCUGUUCGCAAAAGAUGACCUGACCUACUUUAUUUCUGAACACCUUAUUACUUUUUUUUUUUUUUACAGUUAUAUACAUGAAUAGGACAAUUAACCUCAAACACAAACUUUUUUUUUUUUUUUUGUUUAUUAUAAACAGAAUAUUGCUCACGUUCCAACUAGUCACUUCUGAAACCUGCACAACCAUUUGGUAAAUGUUGGAUUUUCAUGAAGUGUUGAUUGUAAUGCAUCGUUGUACAUAUGCACCCUACAUAUACUUUAUGGGGAUUAUUUUGGUUAUUUGCCAAAGAGCACAGUGUUCAUCGCUGCCUUCUACUGUCUACACUUGCUGGUAUAACGAAUGUAUGCAGUGCAUAUAAUGCUGACCAUAUAAUUUUGCCAAAAGGCUUACAAAUGAACAGUUCUAUUUUAAAAAAGCAAAAAUUAAGAAAAAAAAAAUACAUAUAUAAAUGUAAGUCUGUCUCCAUGUACUUGUUUUUGCAUGUAACUUAUUUGAAAGUUUGUUUAAAAUAUGAUUAAUUGCAAUCCCAAUCCCCCCACACCCCAAAAAAAAAAUGCAUUGCAUUUUUUACAAUCUCUAAUCAACUUAAAUGAUGGGUGAAGGUGUAUGGACGUUUGAAAUUGUGCACUCCUUCAAAACAAACGUCCAUAUUAAUGUCAAAUCAAAUUCAACACACUUGUAUGUAUAGUCUUUGUAAAUGAGGACUUUUUAGUUUCUUAUUAUCCUUUGCUGUUUGUGAAAUGGGCUGAAAAGUUGCAAUCACACAAGUGGUGGUCUGAAGUAUUUGACAUUAAGAAUAUCAAAAAUAAAGCUGGAAGCAUGGAUAAUUUGGCAACUUUAUAAUUUCCAAACAAAUUUCCCUUAUAUGGCUAGCUACAGGUAACUCAAUAAAGAAAUAUUGGGCUAAAA